AUGAAUAUUAUAUAUUUGCAGCAGCAUCGUGCUGUUCUGUGUUCCCAGAUUCUGUUUCCUGAAGCUUGCUACCAGGCACCACUGAGUACUGUUGGUUGGUUGCUGGCAGGUAUCGGGGUGCCUGUUAUGGCUGUUGGAGGGGCUUCUGGUGUUAUCACAGUUUGGCAUCUUGAAGACAAGACACUGAGCACUGUGAUCCAUGCAGCUCACGAUGGCCCUGUGGUGAGCCUGUUCUUCUUUCCUGCAACUCCCAUACUGAUGAGCUCAUCGGCAGACAACUCCAUCAAACAGUGGAUCUUUGACAAUGUUGAUGGCUCAGCAAGGCUCCUCAAAUAUCGGUGUGGCCACAGAGCACCGCCGAAUUGCAUCAAGUUUUAUGGACAGGGGUACAGGGUUCUGUCUUGUGGGCAAGAUCGAGCUUUCUGGAUGUUCUCAACAAAUCAGGCGCAGCAGAGCCGAGAACUGUCCCAAGGCCACACAGCUCGCAAGGCCAAGAAGAGGAAGGUGCAUGAGGAGCAAGUCAAACUGAGCAGAGUGACCCAUCUAGAUGCAUGUGAGGUCCGUGAGCGCGACUGGGCUAAUGGAAUCACAGCACACGAAGGGGACUGGAGGGCAUACACCUGGAGGCUGAAGGACUUCACUAUAGGUGAACAUGCCCUGGAGCCCCCUUCCAGGCAUGGUGGGAGGAGUUUGAGGCCAUCCCCUGUGACGUGUGUGCAUUUGAGUGAAUGCGGCAAUUUUGGCUUUGUUGGGAGUGCGAACGGGAGGCUGCACAGAUUCAAUAUGCAGUCAGGGCUGCAUCGAGGGGAGUACAAACGACGGAAGGAUGAUGCAGGUUUGCCUGCGCACGAUGGAGCAGUCACGGGCGUGGCAACUGACAGCUGCAACCGAAGCGUCGUCUCAACCAGCUACGACGGCUGGCUCAGGAUCUGGAGCUUCCCGUCACAGGUGCUGCGAGCACAGGUCCACACAGGCUGCCCUGUCUCGCAUCUUCUGCUCCAUCCAGGGACCUCCAUGUGCCCCCUGGUUGGCGACGACCUCACCAUACGGGUUUACGAUGCAGAGGCUGCCAGGCUGGUCAGGAAGUUUAGAGGGCACACGGAUCGCAUCACGGCGCUAGAGAUGAGCUCUGAUGGGCGGUGGCUGCUCAGCGCGGCGAUGGAUGGGAGUGUGAGAGUGUGGGAUGUGCCUGCUGGCCAAGUUCUGCAGGUCAUGCAGCUUGGGUCUGCGGUCACGUCCCUGAGUCUCUCCCCGGCAAUGGACAUUCUUGCCACGACGCAUGUGAAUCGGCGGGGCAUUUACCUGUGGUCCAAUCAACUCGUUUUCGGCACAGGAGCAUCUGUGGUCCCCUCUGAAGAGCCCAUCGACGUCCUGCUUCCCGCCUCGUUUGCUGGGGAAGGGAAUGUGCAGCCUGAUGACCUUCCGACUGUUGAGGGGCAUCGCCUGGAGGGACCUGGCACACCUGACAAGCCAAGGAUCCUUUCUGCCUCUAGCCAGCGGGCUUGUCACCCUGUCGAUGCUGCCACGCUCGAAGUGGCACGACCUGGCGCACCUGGACGUGAUACAGGCGAGGAACAAGCCCAUCCAGCCACCCGAGAAGCCGGAGGCCGCUCCCUUCUUCCUUCCCUCCCUUGCGGGGUCAUCCAGCAAUCCAAUAUUUGA